CUCCCUCCGAGUGUGGCGCCAAUAGCGCUUCUAAACAAUGCAGGGAGAGAUGCGCGGCGGCCGGGGCUUAGCUUCCCUGGGCGCUGUUAGCCCAGCCUGAUGCUUUUCUGUUGGAACACGCGUUUUUGGCCCAGGCUUGGGAAAGGCAGUUAUAGUUCAUUAACCUCCACAGCUCUUGGCAAGGCUUCAUAAAGGCAAGAACUGUGUUUGCCCAGGUAAUAGCUCUGCAUCGCUCACUAGAAUCUAAGCUUCCCAAAGCUGCUGACUUUUAUUUUGUUCAGGGUGCUUGCUUAUAGUAUUCUGUUUUUAGAGACCUACAGAUUUCCAGUUGAGAUCAGCGUGGCAGCCAGACACUUCCUUCCUCUCGAGGAGCAGUAGCUCCUGUCAACAGCAUCACUGACAGAACUUGUGUUUCGGAAAAGGACUGAUGGCCUUGAGCCUGGGUUGGAGAACAUUUGCACCAUUUCCCAUGAACCACUCUGGUGUCUUUCUGAAAGCUAUGAGAAGCAAUGGUCUUCCCUUGUUUCCCUGGGGCCACUGCCCCUGGAGAGGAGCUGGAAGCAUUUUGGAUCCUGAGAUGAAAGCUUUCCUGGAGGAGAACACUGAAGUCACCAACAGUGGCAGCCUCACUCCUGAAAUCCACCUGCGGCUUUUGACACCCAGAUGCAAAUUCUGGUGGCAGAGAGCUGACCUGUGGCCCUACAGCGAUCCUUACUGGGCAAUCUACUGGCCAGGAGGCCAAGCCCUGUCUAGGUAUCUUUUGGAUAAUCCGGAUGUUGUCAGAGGAAAGUCAGUAUUGGAUCUUGGGAGCGGAUGUGGAGCUACAGCUAUUGCUGCUGAGAUGGGCGGGGCAUCAAGGAUCUUGGCCAAUGACAUAGACCCUAUUGCAGGAAUGGCUAUCACACUGAAUUGUGAAUUGAACCAACUGAAUCCUCUUCCCAUUUUAACCAAAAACAUUUUGGAUUUGGAACAAGAUAAGUGGGACCUUGUUGUGCUUGGAGAUAUGUUUUAUGAUGAAGACCUUGCAGAUGGUCUUCAUCAAUGGCUGAAGAAUUGCUUUUGGACGCACGGAACUCGAGUACUGAUUGGUGACCCUGGGCGACCCCAGUUCAGUGGACAUAGCAUUCAACACCAGCUGCAUAAAGUGGUAGAAUAUUCACUUCCAGAGUCUACCAGGAGGGAAAACAAUGGAUUGACAACAAGCACAGUAUGGGAUUUUCAACCUUGAGUUGUCCAAGUGCUUUUAAGUAUGAAUAUAGCUAGGUUUGGAUUUAACCCUAAAGAUGGCCAAUUUAGAGCAUGCAGUUCCUGUUAAAUGGCAAGUCUUGUUUCCAAAAUGUGAAGACUUAAAGUUUUAUCAGCUUUUGUCAUGUAGUUCUGCGCUAUGCCAAAUGUACAAAUCUCUACCUGCAAUUUUCUAGUUUUACUGCUGUAGGGAUAGAAAUAUAGAAGACAGUACCAAAAUGGUAGCGAUAUGUAAUUUAAGUAGUGGAGAGGAAUGAGAAAGUGUAGCAAAGUCUGUUCAUGUAGUUGAGGACAACUAUAUGAUAUAUCUUUGAAUUAAACACAAUAUAAAAUAUAGAAGAAUGCUGUAUUUCCAAUAAACUACCUGUAAAGAUCAAAGAUGCUCUUAGUAUGGUACAGAGUACAUGGGCUUUGGAGUCAGGCAAGUCUGUCACUUUCUAGUUGGGAUUUUCAGGUAGUUAAGCUCUCUGAGCUCUAAUUUCUUCAUCUGUAAAAUUGUAACAAAACUUAGUAAACCUCACCUUAAAGGCUAUUCUAUUAAAUGAAAGCAUCAAGUGCCUAAUAGAUAAUAGGACCUCAAUGGACAAUCAUGGAUAAAAAUAUAGAUUUUAAAAUUUCCUACAUACUCUGUACUGUGAUACCUUAUGAUGCCUCUUUAUGUUUCACUAAGGUUAGCCAGAAAUUGAUUAUGCUGCUGCUACAUGUCCCAGGUUGUCAGGAUCUGAUAUAUCAGUAAAAACCCUAUGACAUAAAUGAGAAUGUGAA